GUCGCGACGUCUCUGCGUGGGAAGAGGAGAGGAGGGGCCUGGCCUGGGAAUCCGCUGUUUCCCAUUCCAGGCGCAGGGGCACAACAUGGCGGAUUAGGAGGCGACCGACGCGCCCGGAUACAACGAACAAAUCGUGGGAUACUAAUUCCCCGUGUCGUGGAGAGGGCAGGAAUAUAGGUUUUUCGGAAAGCUAACGCACACCUUUAAGACUUCCAAAGACAUGCAUUUUGGAUACCAGUAAGAGCCUUCGCUGCUUUACCCCACUCCACAUUGGCUGUCUGUCCGAGAUCAUUCCUAUCACCCAGGCCCCCCACCCCGAACACACUCUCGGUUCCUGGGGUGUGGAGACAGGGGCCGGGGAAGUGGAAAACAAUCGCACUUUAUCUGGAACACCGGGCUCCAUAGUGCGGGACAGGGCUGUCAAGGAGAUCAUUGUGCGAAUGAGUGAGUGAUGCAAGUUUCGUUUCUUCAGGGCAGUAUGGGUGUGUAUCCCCUGCUCCUGCUUCUCCAUGUGGCCUUUGUGGCCCUCAGCAAGGCCCAGUCACUCCCUGACCCUUCAGGUGCAGUCCUGACCACCAAACCUACAGACCCUCCUCCCACGUCACCCUCCAUCAUAGUCACGCAGGCGCCCCCAUCAGCCACCCCAUCUAUGGCACCGUCCCCUGAACUUAUUGCAACAACAGGAUUCAAUGACUCUGAGGGCGUGGUGAAACCAGAGAUUCCCACAGCCCCUCCUUCAACCGUGCUCGUCCCCACCGAGGCACCACCUGCCCCCUUAACCCCAUCUGCUGCGUCCCCGUCCCUCACCACCGUCAAAACUGGAGAAUUCAAGACUACAGUUUUGACUACAGCAGAGACCCCAACACCUGAUCUGACACCCACUCAGUCCUCUUCAGAGCCUGAGACAGACACUCAGUUUACGGAUGCUACCACAGCUGACAUCAGCAAGCCUCCAGGUGAUGAAGGGCAAGAUGACACGGCGAUCAUGGCGGUGAUGGUUGCCCUGUCCUCUCUGCUGGUCAUUGUCUUUAUCAUCAUCGUCCUGUACAUGCUCAGGUUUAAGAAGUACAAGCAGGCAGGGAGCCACUCCAAUUCCUUCCGCCUGACCAAUGGCAGAGCUGACGACACAGAACUUCAGAGUGUGCCGCUAUUGGCUCGCUCUCCUAGCACCAACAGGAAGUACCCGCCCCUUCCUGUCGACAAGCUUGAGGAGGAGAUGAACCGCAGAAUGGCCGAUGACAAUAAACUCUUCCGGGAAGAAUUCAACGCGUUGCCUGUAUGUCCCAUUCAAGCCUCAUGUGAUGCUGCCUCAAAGGAGGAGAAUAAGGAGAAGAACAGAUAUGUCAACAUCCUGCCCUAUGAUCAUUCUAGGGUUCAUUUGACCUCUCUGGAGGGUGUUCCUGACUCAGACUACAUCAACGCUUCCUACAUAAAUGGAUACCAGGAGAAAAACAAAUUCAUUGCUGCACAAGGACCAAAAGAGGAAACGGUCAAUGACUUCUGGAGGAUGAUCUGGGAACAGAACACUGCCACCAUCGUCAUGGUAACCAAUUUGAAAGAGAGGAAAGAGUGUAAAUGUGCUCAGUACUGGCCAGACCAAGGAUGCUGGACCUACGGAAAUAUCCGCGUGUCAGUGGAGGACAUGAUGGUUCUGGUUGACUAUACCAUCCGCAAAUUCUGCAUUCAGCAGGUGGGUGAUGUGUCUGGUAAGAAGCCCCAGAGGCUGGUCACACAGUUUCACUUCACCAGCUGGCCUGAUUUCGGGGUCCCUUUCACUCCCAUUGGCAUGCUGAAGUUCCUAAAAAAGGUCAAGACCUGCAACCCACAGUAUGCUGGACCCAUAGUGGUUCACUGCAGUGCGGGUGUGGGCAGAACGGGGACCUUCAUUGUGAUAGACGCUAUGCUGGACAUGAUGGGGGCAGAGAGAAAGGUCGACGUCUUCGGAUUUGUCACACGGAUCAGAGCCCAGCGCUGUCAGAUGGUCCAGACUGAUAUGCAGUACGUGUUUAUAUUCCAAGCUUUGCUAGAGCACUACCUGUACGGGGACACAGAGUUAGAAGUGACGUCUCUGGAGUCUCACCUGUCUAAACUCUACGCUCCUUUACCUGGAGCUGGCUGUGGAGGCCUGGAGGCGGAGUUUAAGAAACUUACCUCCAUUAAAAUCCAGAAUGACAAGAUGAGAACAGGGAACCUCCCUGCCAACAUGAAGAAGAAUCGUGUUUUGCAAAUCAUUCCAUAUGAGUUUAACAGAGUGAUCAUCCCUGUAAAAAGAGGGGAGGAGAACACAGACUACAUCAACGCCUCUUUUAUAGAUGGUUAUCGGCAAAAGGACUCGUACAUGGCAUGUCAGGGGCCCCUUCAGCACACCAUUGAGGACUUCUGGAGAAUGACCUGGGAGUGGAGGAGCUGCUCUAUUGUUAUGUUGACCGAGUUGGAGGAGAGAGGACAAGAAAAGUGUGCUCAGUAUUGGCCUAGUGAUGGUGUGAUGGUUUGUGGGGACAUGUCCAUUGAGCUGAAGAGGGAAGAGGAAAGUGAAAGCUACACUGUUAGGGACGUUCUCGUCACCAAUAACAGAGAAAAUAAGUCUCGUGCUGUGAGGCAGUUUCAUUUCCACGGCUGGCCAGAGGUGGGCAUCCCCUCCGACGGGAAGGGCAUGAUCAACAUCAUCGCUGCAGUUCAGAAACAGCAGCAGCAGUCUGGAAACCACCCAAUCACUGUGCACUGCAGUGCCGGCGCAGGGCGCACAGGGACAUUCUGUGCUCUGAGCACAGUCCUGGAGCGGGUGAAGGCGGAGGGCAUUCUGGACGUUUUUCAGACAGUGAAGAGUCUAAGACUACAGAGACCGCACAUGGUGCAGACACUGGAGCAGUAUGAGUUCUGCUACAAAGUGGUCCAGGAAUACAUUGAUGCCUUCUCUGACUACGCCAACUUUAAGUAAAGCCACACCCACCUGCAGAAAACCGGACAGACUUUCCCAGUCAUGCACUCACGUCCACGCUUUCACGUAAACAGCUAAAUGAGACGGACUGCCAGCGCAAAGCAAAAGGGAAUCAAAAAAUCCUUUGGUCGGCAAGCAUGAGAACACAUUGGUGCCGAAGUUGUAAAGAAAAAAACAAAGAAAACACCAUUAGAGAUGCCUUCUUGAAUAUUUUGUAAUAUUGCUCUUGUUAAUAAGGCCCUUACCCAUUUCUCUCAGUGUAAAUAUGCUCUUGUAAUUUUUUAUUUUUUUUUUGGUUUUGUUUUGUUUGUCUGUUUUUGGUUUUAGAAGCCAUUCUUUUGCGGUUUUUAGAGUGACCUUUUAUAUAGUUUACUGGUAUACAAAUGCAUACAUGAAUAUUUUAAGAUGGCGCUAUAGAGGCAGACGCGAAAGAGCGGUAGCAAGAUGAGGGUGCUUUUUUCCACUGGGUGUUUUUACAAAAAAAAAUCCUUCUUUCUCUGCAGUUGAGUGAUUGAAACCUAUUUGGAUGGCAGCUCAAUCCCACUUUGCUGUUGCUUGUAGCUACAUAGCGCACAAUGCGGCAAAAUCGACCAAUCGCGGAGCCACUGUAAACGCAUGCAUUCGCAGAAAAUACUUCACUGUGCUUUUCGAUUGAGUUCACUGGAGUGACCGAUAACAUUUUGAGUGUUUUGACACUCUCAUUGAGUCCAUGUUUUUAACAGGAACCUUUUUUGGGGGGCAUGUCUAAGGUGUCACUUAGAACUGUAAGAUGUUUAGACUGUCAAGUGUGUCUUUGUGGUGUCAAUUUUGUUAUAGCGUGCCAGAUCCGACUUGUGUUCUGCCUUGUAGAGGAAGAUAAGAGACAAUUAAACUUAAAAAAAAUGAGAAAAGGAAACCCUGAGUGUUUAGAUCAGAGGAAAUACAGCUUAACAGACUCUUCACAUAGUUUUUUUUUGUCAUUUUGUCCCUUUUUGAAUCUCAUAAGGGUGUAUUUUGUCUUGAAGUUUUAUUCAACUUACUUUUUUUUCCCCCAUUCUUUUUUCUAGACCAUUUUAAAAGCACCUUCUAUAUUUGCGAUUGUAACCAAGGAAGUGAUGUAUUUACUUGCCCAGAUGUCUGUUGAUUGGCCUUAACAACUGUACUUGACAGUAAGGUGUUGUAAUGUACAGGCAGUUAACUUUUCCUUCAUUCAGAAAGAUAAAUUAUCCCGCCGGGCCAUCUACUUGCAAGGUACUGGUGCAAAAUUGAUCCAGAAAGUUCUAGUAGAAAUGACACAUGAUCACCUGAUCAUCUGUUCCUGCCCAUAUAAAGGACUUCAGCCAUUGUGCGGAAGUCAACGAGCCCUUUCCAGCUCCACUGAGCCAGUUAGAUCGAUACACGACGCUUUCAGUCUGUAGCGGUGAGUAAUUUCAACUUCUCGCAAAAAGGACAGGUAGAUGGUAUAAAUAAGGUCAGUGUAGGAUGAUUGUCUUUGCAUUUAGGUCAUUUUAAAGCUUAAGUUUAAAGCUAAACGUGUAGAGCUGAUUGUCAUUGGAAAGUUAUUUUCCAGCGAAUGUUUUAUGUAGGUUAAGCCCUUGUUCCACACUGCCUUGUGUUAGGAAAUGCAAGUUAUAUGAAAUGUAUGUUGUAGCUCCUAAAUGUAUGUAAACCCAAUGGGUGUCGCUCUAAAUCACUCACCCAUCAGUCAUUCCAUAUUAACAGGGAUCUCGAUGGAAACUGUUUUUAUGUUAUCUCAGAUCCAUGAUGUUACGGAUCAAAGAAUUAUGAGUUAAGGAUCUCUAGUACAGCUUCUUACGGGCUUGAUAUUCCAUGAAAUGCUGAUGGAUUUGCUUGAAUAUUGUGUGAGUCGACUGUUGUGAUUUGCUUAAAGUCACACUAACCCUUUCCACAUGAGACACUGUGCCAAUAGCAGCCUCUCAGGGGCCGGAUCCUUCUUCAGAGGUGGGAAAGUGCCUCAUCACGUUCCUGUAGCUUCAAGCAUAUUCCCGCCAGCUCUUUUGUAGCCUGUGUUUUCCCAGUCCCACAACCGGACGUUGUUGCCCAUAUGGCGUAUGAUAAUCUCUAAUGGAACCAAAAUGGUUACUGGUUGGUUGCUUUUCUGUGUUUUUGGUGUGUUUUUUCUUUUUUGCCUACCAUAUAAAACCAUCCUGGAGAAAGCUUCAGACUUCAGGUCAGAAUCCCUCAAAACUUAAGCUCUUAAUGUAUGGAGAGCAAUCUAGAUCUUCUGGUCAAGAAGGGAAGCCACGUGUCUGGAGGCUCACUUUAUUCUCCUGUUGAAUGUGACAUUGAAAUGGCCUGCUUGGAUUAGUGAAUGAAAGUAUGAGGAGAACGACUGAAAAAUAAAGGAUUCUGCUCUCCAAAAAACAUAUUUUGAGGAUUUUAUCUGAAACUUUUCUGUCUUUGAUUGGAUCGCUUCUUGAUUUUAAACCACCAUCUGUUUUACGUUCCAUGAAUACUAAAACUUUCCCCUUUCUGAUUUUUCUUUCCUCUUUACGCACCCUUCUGUACAUAAUGUAAGGUUAUUUAUAAUUCAUUCCUAUCUGUUGCCUUGCUUUUAUUUUAUUUUUAUCUUUCUCUCACUUUUUUUUAAGAUACUUGUAUAUUAAACUGUACUGGGACCAUUUUGAAAUGUAUUAGAUGUUUUUUUUUUUUUGUUUUUGUUUUUUUAAUUCGGUAUUAUUAUUGUCUUAAAAUCUUAUUUUUUAAUUUGCAUCUUUUUUUUUUUCUCCUAGUGUUUUGUUAAAUUUGAAUAUAUAUGUAUAUAUAAUUAUAUAUAUGAUGCAAAUUAUAUAUAAUUAUAUAAUGCCAAACGGCCUUUCUAAACAAGAUACUGUUCAAACCUAAUAAAAGUGCUUGAGAUUUUA